CGGAGCCGCGCCGAGUAGCCAUGGUGCUGGCGGAGCCCCCGCGGCCGGGCGGCGGCUGGACCCUGUGCGAGGGCUUCUGCUGGCUGCUGCUGCUGCCCGGCGCGCUGCUGCUCGUCGCCCGCCCCGCCAGGCUCGCGGCUUUCCCUACCUCCCUGAGCGACUGCCAGACGCCCACCGGCUGGAACUGCUCCGGUUAUGAUGACAGAGAAAAUGAUCUCUUCCUCUGUGACACCAACACCUGUAAAUUUGAUGGGGAAUGUUUAAGAAUUGGAGACACUGUGACUUGCGUCUGUCAGUUCAAGUGCAACAGUGACUACGUGCCUGUGUGUGGCUCCAAUGGGGAGAGCUACCAGAAUGAGUGCUACUUGCGGCAGGCUGCAUGCAAACAGCAGAGCGAGAUUCUUGUGGUGUCUGAAGGGUCAUGCGCCACAGAUGCAGGAUCAGGAUCUGGAGAUGGAGUUCAUGAAGGCUCAGGAGAAACCAGUCAGAAGGAGACUUCAACCUGUGACAUUUGCCAAUUUGGUGCAGAAUGUGAUGAAGAUGCCGAGGAUGUCUGGUGUGUGUGCAACAUCGACUGUUCUCAAACCAACUUCAAUCCCCUCUGUGCUUCUGAUGGGAAAUCUUAUGAUAAUGCAUGUCAAAUCAAAGAAGCAUCAUGUCAGAAACAGGAGAAAAUUGAAGUCAUGUCGUUGGGUCGAUGUCAAGAUAACACAACUACAACUACUAAAUCUGAAGAUGGGCAUUUUGCAAGAACAGAUUAUGCAGAGAAUGCUAACAAGCUAGAAGAAAGUGCAAGAGAGCACCACAUCCCCUGCCCAGAACAUUACAAUGGUUUCUGCAUGCAUGGGAAGUGCGAACAUUCUAUCAACAUGCAGGAGCCGUCUUGCAGGUGUGAUGCUGGUUAUACUGGACAACACUGUGAAAAAAAGGACUACAGUGUAUUGUACGUUGUUCCCGGCCCCGUGCGAUUUCAGUAUGUCUUAAUCGCAGCUGUGAUUGGAACCAUUCAGAUUGCCGUCAUCUGUGUGGUGGUCCUCUGCAUCACCAGGAAAUGCCCCAGAAGCAACAGAAUUCACAGACAGAAGCAAAAUACAGGGCACUACAGUUCAGACAACACAACAAGAGCAUCCACGAGGUUAAUCUAAAGGGAGCAUGUUGCACAGUGGCUGGACUACCGAGAUCUGGGACUACACAAUACAGUAUUAUAGACAAAAGAAUAAGACAAGAGAUCUACACAUGUUGCCUUGCAUUUGUGGUAAUCUACACCAAUGAAAACAUGUACUACAGCUAUAUUUGAUUAUGUAUGGAUAUAUUUGAAAUAGUAUACAUUGUCUUGAUGUUUUUUCUGUAAUGUAAAUAAACUAUUUAUAUCACACAAUAUA